CGUUGGCAGACGUCGAGCCACUCGCAGAAAUAAUGCUCGACGAGCACCAGCACACUCCCGCCCGACGAACGUCGAGUGCCCGCGACAUGGCCGCUAUGACUCUGCGACCCGAGAUCCCCCGCGCCGCAAGUGCCGCUGUCCUCGUGGCACCAAACAUCCACAAUGAAGGUCCCACAGACCGACUGCCCACGGUCGAGUCCAGCUACGUCGUGCAUGACACCGUCCCGGUGAUCCCACUGCCCACGAUUCCGCUCUUGUCUCCGCGGACCUAUGGGACAAUGGCAUUACCAGUGUCGGGGCGCAGUGCACUGGUGCUAUCAUCGUGCGACUCGAAAGUGGAGUUAGCACCCGUCAAGCUAAUGCGAACGCCGCGGUCCGUGCGCAAUGAAGUGACUGACGGCGUCAUCUUGCCGCUGACCACCGAGCAAUCGCCCGCGCUGACCGUCGAGUCCAGCACCCUGCUGUGUGAAUCGGCUGCAAGUGGCGACCCAGUGCUGUCACCACGAGGCUCGAGAACAACGCCGCGCGAAUCGACAACGACACCGCACACCGUGAGUAGCUCGCCGCGCAGUCGUAAGAUAUCGCACCACACGCCUCGCAAGACGCCGCGAUUCAGCGACCCCAACUACUACAUGUCCAUCCACGAGCGACUCGCCAGCACCCAGUCGCAUGAUGGCGACCUUGUCUCGGCGCUGGCGACGCCCCGUCCGCGUUAUGCCCCACCGAUGCUCACGCGCUCCAGCACGAUGCCCCGUCUCAUGGACAAGGACAAGGCGAUGCACAAGCUCGGCGUCAACGAAGAGCUUUUGCGCCUUGAAAAGGGCAUGAAGAAGCUGGGUAUUUGCGACCACGAUAUCCAAGCCAGCCUCGAAAUUCGACGGCACUGUGGUGUCAGCUUUACGUCGAUGCAAUCCAAGACCGAGACGCUCUUGGGCUUUUCAGAGGAGCAACUUCGGCGCAUCAAGGCCGUGAAACAGCUCGGCACGACCGAAGCCGAGAUCCUCGACAACUAUUGCCAAAAGCUGUCGACGCUAGGCGUGUCGUUCGCGACGCCGCCUCAGUAGCGGUCCUCACCUCGACUCUACUUGGCGCUUUAUACAAUUAUAUUGUCCACCAGAUCAUUGAUACUCG